GGUAGCGAGUCGUGGUGCAUUGACUUUUGCGCUGUCAGAAAGCUCGCUGAGAAAAGCCAUCGUCUGUGUCCGUCUGUUGAUGUAACUUUGGGAGAAAGACCAUUACUUGCUACGCUAGGGUCUGACAGUAGAUAUGGCGACAACUCAUUCCGUGUUAACAGCUGUGUGCGUUCUGCUCAUCACAGAGCUGAUUCUGGCUGACAAAGAUUACUAUGAGAUACUGGGCGUACCCAAAGAUGCAUCCGAUCGUCAGAUCAAAAAAGCCUUCCACAAAUUAGCCAUGAGGUAUCACCCCGACAAAAACAAAAGCCCAGACGCUGAGGCAAAGUUCAGAGAGAUUGCUGAGGCAUACGAAACAUUAUCAGAUGACAAGCGAAGGCAGGAGUAUGAUCAGAUGAGGAGCAGUCCAUUCUCGGGGACAGGCACAAGUGGAGGCGGCGACCACUUCCGUCAACCGUUCAGUUUUAAUUUUGACGAUUUAUUCAAUGGGUUUGAUGUCUUUGGACAAAAUCCUCACUCCCACAAUAAAAGACAUUUCGAGAGCCACUUUCAGGCUCAUGAGGAGACGCACAAAAGGCAGAGAAGACACUUUCAAAGCUCUUUUGGUGGCGGUGUGUUUGAUGAUGUGUUCGAUGACAUGGAAAGAAUGUUUUCAUUUGAUGGACACCAAACAAGGACUCAGAGCAAGUUUCAAAGUUCUGGAAGACAGCAUUGUAGGACCGUCACAGAACGGAGGGGCAACAUGGUUACUACGUUCACCGACUGCUCCUGAGUUAAAACCUUAAUGUGGAAAUGAAGCACGUGGGUUGUGUUUGUAAAGUUUAAAAUAAUUCUCUUUUUGUUUGUUUUUGAAUCUGUGUUUAUUAUCUCUGUAAAGUCUUCGAUAAGAAUCGCACAUCUCCUUAGUUCAGAAAACCUUCGUGAAACAAAAUAACCUGAAUGCAUGCUUAACUGCUUACACAAUAUAUUCAUGAUAAACAAACCACAGGGAAAAAAAAAUAUUCUUCAACAUCACUGUGAAUACAGAGACCUGAGGUUAAUUAGCACUUUAAUCUGGUUAUUAAUAAGUCUUAAAUUCUCCUAAAUUCGUAAUGAAGGCUAUAGACUUCAUCUCAAAUUAAAACAUAUGUAGUUCUCACGUUGGUUUAAAUCUGGGGCCCUUCGAAACACAAGAUUGUUUGUAUCCUGAGCUUUAUAAUUCAGAGAACGUCUACAUUUGUUUCUGUGCUGAGUGUGUGUGUGUUUGACUGAAUUGUUGCUUAAUGUUGCACAAUGUUGAUAGCAAUCUCUUUAAUUGCUGUUGUUGUAUACUAUAAUGUUGUUAAUAAGCAUAUAUGUUCAUCAAUUUGUAUAUCUUCCAUCUCAGCUAACAUGACACCCAAGCAAGCUGUGGCUUUUCUGACAGGGAAAUCCCCUGCAUGUGCAAUAAUUAUCGCAAUAUCAUUGCUGUUUGGGGAUCUUGCUAGCUGUAGGGUUUUCCUGGUAAAAAGAUCAACGGUAGGAUCAUAUUAAAUGCCAUAAAACGGUUGCUCUUUUGUAUCAGCUUUGGUAUCAUGUUUAAUUUUUUAAGUUGAUUUUGGGACAGUUACCCGAGGGCACUUUGUAAAUGACACGAGAGCACGCCAUGUUUAAACGUUCAUUCAGGUUAAACCCAAAUAUUCUACACUCCUUAUAAUUCUGUGAACAUGGCUCAUUUGUGUUGUUGAAAAGAACAAGGCUGUUUUGUCAAUUAUUUUAAGCAUGUGUCACGGAGCUUAACCUUACAAACUUUCUAUACCCUUUGUUACAACAAUUACCUCGUAUUAAAGCUUUCAAAUGCCAUGCAAUAUUAGAAAAAGCACCUGUAA